GACGUCACGGCGCGCGCCCCGCGGGUAACAGGGGCUUUUGCGGCCCGGCCGGGGCUUCGGCGGCGACGUGGGUGUUUCCGCAGCGCCGGGCGCCAUGGUUUCGCGCGUGCAGCUCCCGCCCGAGAUCCAGCUCGCGCAGCGCCUGGCGGGGAACGAGAAGGUGGCCCGGGACCGCGCGGUGCGGAAGCUCCGGAAAUACAUCGUGGCCAGGACGCAGCGGGCCGCAGGUGGUUUCACUCAUGACGAGCUGCUGAAGGUGUGGAAAGGGCUGUUUUACUGCAUGUGGAUGCAGGACAAGCCACUCCUCCAGGAGGAACUCGGGAGGACGAUCUCCCAGCUCAUACACGCUUUCCAGACCACGGAGGCACAGCACCUGUUCCUGCAGACCUUCUGGCAGACCAUGAACCGCGAGUGGAUGGGGUUGGACAGGCUGCGCCUGGACAAGUACUACAUGCUCAUGCGGAUGGUCCUGAACGAGUCCUUGAAGGCCCUGAAGACCCAUGGAUGGGAUGAAAGACAGAUCGAGCAGCUGCUGAAGCUGCUGACAACCGAGAUCCUACACCCAGACAGCCAGGCCCCCAACGGGGUGAAGAGUCACUUCAUCGAGAUCUUCCUGGAGGAGUUGACCAAAGUGGGUGCCCAGGAGCUCACGGCUGACCAGAAUCUCAAGUUUAUCGAUCCCUUCUGCAGAAUCGCCGCCAGGACUAAGGACACCCUGGUUUUGCAUAACAUAGUUCGAGGUGUCUUUGAAACGAUCGUGGAACAGGCCCCAUUUGCCAUCGAGGAUUUAAUGAACGAGUUGGAUGCACGAGAGGAGGAGGAGGAGAUGUCGGAGGAUGACGGGGUGUGGGAGAGCGAUGGGUCAUUGGAGGGUGACGACUGUGGGCCAGAUAAGCCCUCCCAGGAGCCGCCUGGGCAGCCACCUAAAGGCUCUGUUCAUGGGGACGGGCAGGCAGGAGACGACGGGGACAGCGCCGGUGCUGUCCUCCAGUUUGACUACGAGGCGGUUGCCAACAGGCUCUUCGAGAUGGCCAGUCGGCCCAACACCCCUUCGCAGAACAGGAAGCGUCUCUACAAAGUGAUCCGGAAGUUGCAGGAGCUCGCUGAAGGCCACUUCCCUGAGGACGACGUUCCGGAAAAGGCCUGCAGAGCUCUGCAGGAAGGGAGGCUGGAGAGGAAGAGGAAGAAAAAGAAGCGCCUGCCCAAAUCCCGGUCCCAGGGCAAGAAAGGAACCCAAAAAGAAAAAGAAACGGAUGCUGGAGAGCAAGAAGUGACAUCAGCCAGCUCCAGGACAGACACGUGGAGGGCAUUGUCGCAGGCUCACCUGCCUGUGUACUCCCAGGUGCCUGAGUGGUUGUCGGAACUGUCACGGUCCUGCAGGCAGCCCCUAAACCUGCCGGUGGGGAAGCCGCAGAGGGUCGGGGCUGAGAAAGGACUGGGCCCCUCUUUCGAGCUGGGGCCCCAGGAAACCAUUUCCCUCCCGGUUUAGCCCCAGGCUCUGGCUGUUGUGGCCUUGGGUCAGAAAAUGAAACUCACUAAAUGAAAAGGCCGCCUGGGAGGCGGUCCGUUCCCCAGUAGGGAAUUGGUUACAUACUUUAUGGGGGACCCCUGAAAUAAAAAGAUGCUGUUCUGAA